UCUCUCUCUCUCUCUCUAUCUAUAUAUCUCUCUCGCCAUCCCAUCUCCAUGGCCGCCGCUUCUUCUUCAUCUCGCAUUUCCCUCCUCACACUCACCUCAAGACUCGCCUUUUCCGCUCCUGUUCCAUUCUCUCCUCCCACCGCCCUCGCCACUGGACCGAAGCGGUUGAAUCGGUUGCGGUUGUUUUCCAUGGCGUCGGAGCCGAAAGAAUCUCCCUCCAACAAUCCGGGACUCCACGCCAGCCCCGAUGAGGCCACCAAGGGCUACAUCAUGCAGCAAACCAUGUUCCGAAUUAAGGACCCUAAAGUCAGCCUCGAUUUCUACUCUCGCGUUUUGGGCAUGUCGUUGCUUAAGAGGUUGGACUUCCCAGAUAUGAAGUUCAGUUUGUAUUUUAUGGGCUAUGAGGAUACCAAAUCAGCUCCCAGUAAUGCAGUGGAUAGAACCGUUUGGACUUUUGGUCAGAAGGCUACAAUUGAGCUAACACAUAAUUGGGGCACUGAAAGCGAUCCUGACUUCAAGUACCACAAUGGGAACUCGGAACCCCGUGGCUUUGGACACAUCGGCAUCACAGUUGAUGAUACAUACAAGGCCUGUGAGAGGUUUGAAAAACUGGGAGUUGAGUUUGUGAAAAAGCCAGAUGAUGGGAAAAUGAAAGGGAUAGCAUUCAUCAAGGAUCCUGAUGGCUAUUGGAUUGAAAUCUUUGACCUCAAAACUAUUGGCAGCACUGUAGGAACGGCUGCCUGAUUUUGACUUCGCUAAAAGUCGGAGCCUUUCAUGCAUCUAAAGAUUGCUCACCUUCUGCAGACACCGGAGCAAUAGAGAUCAGGAGGAUGUUCAAUAGCAAUAUUUGAAAUUUGGCUUUACAAUGUCUUUUGCCUGUUCUUGAAACUAGAUUAAAAAUAAGGAAAUCAUGUGCUCAAGUUUUAUCUGGUUGGUAAUACUUCUAUAAGUACAAUAAUAUAUCGGCCUCGAUCGGUAUGCAUGUCUUUGCUGUUUAUUAGUUCCAUACCGUGGCUUGAGUGGAGAUAACGAUGUCGAAGUUUGCAUGUUGUUCUUGUUGUAUCUGGAUACAAAAUGUAAUAUCGAUACUUCUAGUCCAUGCCUGGGGUGAUUGCGAUGGUAAUAGUACCGUUGCCUUUGAUUUUUUUUU